AUUGAAGAGUAUGACUCAAACGAUAAGUAUCUCCCCAUGGACGAAUCACAAAUGCUCGAAAAUGUUUAUGUGUCUGACACGGAUCUCUUGCGUGUUUUCAAAUCGAAAAAGUUACACCCUUAUUUGAAACCAACCGUGCAUUUGUUAUUGAGCAAAAACAACUCUUUGAAAGUAAUUAACCCUUCUUCACCAAUUAUGAGACAAUUGGACAGUACAGGAAAGCUUUUUCUUGAGAACUAUGUCACCAAUUUGGCAAUGACGCAUUUGAAUAUUGGUAACGAUCAAUUUUUCCUCGAUUGUGCCAUAAGUCAAGCGUCGACUGAUCCAGCCAUAUUGUAUUGCUUGGUUGCAUGGGGAGGGAUGUUUUUGGUUGGGCGAGACAACGAAAUAGCUUCAAUGUAUUUUGAUAAGAGCCUGAAAUUUAUACAAAAAAGAAGGGAACAGAUGAAACUGGCCACAUUUGACAAUGAAAAGUAUCUUCAACUAAUGCUGUUCUAUGUGUUGCUCUCUUGUGCAGAAAUUUCAACCGGUGAUGUGGGAAGAUGGUACCAUAUGUUACUCCAAUGCAAAGAUAUUAUAAACCAGUACGGUGGCUUAAAGCAGUUUGUAAAAAAAAACAAGGACAACAAAGUUGCGAAAUGGAUAUUGAGCAACAUCUUUUAUCAUGACGUGCUAUCCACCAGAACGACUGAUUUAGGCACGGUUAUUUCCAUAGAUGAGUAUAAAGAUGUUUUCAAAACUCAGAAGUUUUUACAAAAUGGUGAUUAUGGCCUUGAUCCAUUUUACGGGUUAUCUCAAGAUCUAUACCUUUUGUUAGGAGAAGUUGCAAACAGCAAGAAAGCGCUAAAAAACUCGAAGUUCCCCUUCAGUUUCUUUCCCCUUGAUGGUUUAACAGCGGAACUUGACGAAAAUUAUUUCAAAAAAGUGGAAGAGUCGUGGUUUCAGGUUUAUGAUAAAACCAUUCAAGAUUGCAAGCCGUCGGUGGAUAUGCUUGCUACUGUUAUCAAAAAUGAUCCUAAAGGAAAACUAUUGGAGCACCACCUUACUUUUUUCGAACUGACUCAAACAUGCUUGAGAAUUUACAUACGAAUAACCUUCAAGGAAAUAGAAUUUGACAACGAAGAGAUUCAAUCAUUAUGGAAGGUUGGAAUUCGACUUUUCAACAUACUGAUCGGUACGAAGUUACAAUCUCUAUUGGGUUUAUCGCUUUUGAUGCUCGGAGUAAUCUCUAUUACUGAGGAACAACGAGAGCUAAUGAAAAAUAGCUACGACACCUUUUUAAGAAACUAUCAAAUUCUCAACGUACGAGUAUGCUGGGAAAUUAUCCGACAGGUGUGGAAGAAGUAUGAUGACCAGGUGGCUAACAGACAAAAACGGUUUGUUGAUUGGUCGGAGACUGUGAGCUUAAUGGGCUGGAAUUGCUGC